AUGCUCAGCAGGCUCCAGGGCCAACCCGAGAGCUACGAUAAGAAGGCUAAAUAUCGCUUCGGUCGCACUCUCGGAGCUGGAACUUACGGUAUCGUCCGUGAGGCUGACGGUCCUACUGGCAAGUGCGCCGUCAAGAUUAUUCUCAAGAAGAAUGUGAAGGGCAACGAGAGAAUGGUCUACGACGAGCUGGACAUGCUCCAGCGUCUGAAGCACCCUCACAUUGUCAAGUUCGUUGACUGGUUUGAGUCGCGUGACAAGUACUACAUCGUCACUGAACUAGCUACUGGCGGAGAGCUGUUCGAUCGUAUUUGCGAGCAGGGCAAGUUCACGGAGAAGGAUGCUUCGCAAACCAUCAAGCAGGUCCUCGAAGCCGUCAACUACUUGCACCAGAACAACGUCGUACACAGAGGCAAGUUUUGCCAUUAUAACUUGGGUGCCCAUUUCUUUCUAACUAGUAGAUCAGACUUGAAGCCCGAGAACCUCCUGUACCUUACCAGAGAUAUGGAGUCCGAUCUCGUCUUGGCCGAUUUCGGUAUCGCCAAGAUGCUCGACCGCAAAGACGAAGUCCUCACAACCAUGGCCGGUUCCUUCGGCUACGCAGCCCCUGAGGUCAUGUUGAAGAAGGGCCAUGGUAAGCCGGUAGACAUGUGGUCCAUGGGUGUCAUCACAUACACUCUGCUUUGCGGUUACUCUCCUUUCCGCUCGGAGAACCUCCAGGAUCUUAUCGAUGAGUGCAGUAAUGCUCAGGUCGUCUUCCACGAGCGUUACUGGAAGGAUGUCAGCGAUGAUGCAAAGGACUUCAUUUUGCAUCUUCUGCAACCAGAGCCCGUCAAGCGCUGGUCGAGUGAAGAAGCUCUCCACCACCCGUGGCUCAGCGGAGAGAAUGCCACCGACCACAACUUGCUGCCCGAGAUCAAGGCCUACAUGGCCAAGGCCCGUCUUCGCCGCGGUAUCGAGAUGGUCAAGCUUGCCAACAGAAUCGAGACGCUCAAGGCACAAGAAGAGGACACAGAGGACUCAGACUUCCCAGCCGACGCUAUCAGCGCCGCAGACCAGUCCAAGCACGUUGGCGCACACGAAGUUGCCACUGGCGAGAAGCGCAGCCUUUCCAAGACGAUCAAGGGCGCCAUCUUCCGUGAGGUCGUCCUUGCCAAGGUCCGCGAGAUGAAGCAGCAGCAGGACACACUCAAGGUGAAGGAGGAUGCGGAGAAGGAGCACAGAAGACGCAGCUUUCAGGGAUGA